AUGUACAAGUUACAGGUGGUGCUUGUACCACCUAGUACGGAGACAGGUAUUCCUAUUUUAGGGAUUCCUUCAACUACCUCCGAUAACACACAAUUAACAGCUCAGCCUCAUCAACAACCUAUCUCCGCAUCAAGUGUUGUAGGUGCGAGAAAUGAUUAUUCUCCAAACACUGGUAAUACCUCUACAAACACUGUUUACUUUUCAAGUUUCCUUGGAUCUCAUAUAAGGAGGCCCAAGUAUAAGAAGUUUCUACAUUUCACAAAGCCAACGAAUAGUUUGUACCAAUUAGCUGAGGAGAUUGUAGAGAAAUGCAAUAAGAUGUAUCCGAACUUGUUAGAAGAACCUGAGAUUGUUACUUUACAGGAUAUCAACGAGUGCGAUUUAGAUCCUGAUUUUGUUGUUAAGGAUGUGUUCAAUAUGGAUAAUACUGUACGCGUUGUACUUAAGAAUGAAUUGGAUCCAGCAGAUGAGAAUGACACUAAUACUAUAUAUCUGAGCAAAAAACGGAAGCUCAACAAUGGUAUUGCAACUACUCCUGUUUCUUCAACGUCUACGACCGCUGUGCCCAGUUCUAUGAUUAAUGUUGUGAAGAAGCGCGCUACCACUCUCAAAAAUUCUGCAUUGAGGGUUUCCACCCCUUUAGCUAACCAGAUCUACCCUCCUCCUGCAGAGAAACAAGUGAAUUCUGACUUUGAAGACGACGAUGUUGCUGAUAAAUCUAUAUUACCGCCUCCGCCUCCACAAUCUCCUCCGAUCAGGAUUAGUUCUGGGAUCGAUCAAAAGAGGGUAAAGGCUAAUGAAAAUACUGUAUCUAUGUCUGAGACAGUGGAUCCCAACAAGGCUAGACAACAAAGACUGCCAUCCGGGACCCCAAUCAGACCGGCAAGCCUCAUUGAGACACCUAAUAGGGUUAAUCUGACCGGCCCCACAGUCCUUUCAGAAUCGACUCUCUCGCAAAACAAACACACUACUUCUCCAAUGGUCACUAAUAUAAGAAUAACCUCAGGCAUGUUACAAAUUCCUGAACCAAGGAUUUCUGAGAUUGAAAGGGAGUUAAAGGAGGGCCCAGCAAGUCCAGCAGUUGAUCUCCCAGCAAAGUCUAAUAGAAUUCCAAUGAAGAAGCCAUACAAUCCGAUCGACCAGCAAGAUGAGGAUGUCUCUUCUUCUUCGUCUUCUGCUCAUGAGGAAGCAACGCGUCCUGUUCAUCUUCCCAACGGGAUAGAAAGACGUUCUUCUCAGGCUAUUCGUCAGUCUUCUUCUACAAUUGCAGAUGACAACGGCUCCCCAAAUAGAAGUAUUCCCUUUGAGAAUGGCGUAGCCGCAGUUACAGAAUUACCGUCUCCACGCAAAAGUUCUCUUGAACAAAGAGUAGAUAAACUGACAAAAGGCAAAAAUAAAGAUGACAAUGCAACUGGUAUUACGAGAAAAGACCAUUUUAGUGAUGAGGAAUCGGAAGCCUCGCAGAAUGGGAGUGUAGUUGUAAACAGACCGGAAACGCGAAGUGAAAAGGGUUUUCAGAAGGCGGAACUAUUAAAAAUCCUUAAUAGCAAACGAUUUGAACUUCCAACACGUUUCCAGCAUGGCACUCAAGAGGAAGAACAGUUAGGGUCCCCUCAAUCUCGCAACAAAAAAAAGCCUUAUCUGACAGUUCUGAAUAAAGAUAUUGAUAACUCUACUCCUGAUCCUAGAAACAUACUGCCUCGUCGUACGCAAAGGCAUGCAGCUCAAAAAGCGGCGCAAUUUAUUUCAAAGGGCAAAUCAAGAAAAGAACAGGAGUCUGAAUCGGCUGGCGAGGCCAAACCACAGUCCGAACCUACUUCUGACGGUGGUUCAGCAACGGAUGAGAGUGAAGGUGUCUUCCUCAACGAGAAUAAUAGCUUUAAAAAACUAAACAUCCAUCCAUUAAAGGAGUCAGUGGUACAUGAUGAUUCAUCUUCAUUGCAAAGUGAUAGCAGUUCUCGUCCAAGAACCGAAGAUGAUAAACCAUCUCAAGAGAUUGAUAAGGAACAAGUUAAUAAUCCUUCUGUAAGCCCUGGUCCCUCUGCUUCGAAAACUGUACCUAUUAUGACCCCAACUCUUCUUUCUUCUACUUCAGAUAGAUCUGAGUUUGCAUUGCCUAAAAAAUUUGAAUCCACUUUUUCCACACCAAAGAUGCAGCAGUUGGCACCCGCAAAGAAGGUAGAAUCUACACAAAAACGCAAUGCUACAGUUAUCAACAAAAAUUCUGAAGCCACUCAACAGAAAGCCAAAUCUGCUUCUACAAAGGUUGUUUCUGCUGCUGCUGCUACUACUACUACUGUUAGUAAGAACUCCCCAAGCUCAGGUUCCGAUCCUACAAAAGUUAACACUAAAAAAGUAUCUUCUGAGGUCGAUGCCAAGUCUAAACAUAGUCCUAUGAGUGAAACAGACACCAUUACUAAGAGUCCUAACUCGCUUAAAAAAGCAAAUUUUAUAAGCAACUUCAGCGAAGAUAAUGUCCUAAAUCAUGACAAGCCAAUUUUGUUGAAAACUAUUGGUAAGAAGAAAACAUCUGUUACAAAGCACACGGGAUCAAAACAAUCUCCAGUUCCAGCAAAGAAAUUAAAUAACGUUAUUUCUAAGGAAAAAUUCUUCCAAACUCCAGAGUUUAUUGAAAGUUCCGAAGACGAUAAUGAAGACAAGUCGAGUUCAAAAAGUAAUAUCAAUGCCAGCCAAAAUUUUAUUACAGAGCCAGUAAAGGCUUCCAAGAGGGGACGGUCAGCAAAGAAUACUAUGUCAGAACCUAACAAAUCGAGCAGUUUAAAUAGUGCAGAACUCAAAAAGUCUGUAAAGGACGCUCUGGAUAAUGCAGCUGCAGCUGCAUCAAAGAUGAUUAAUGAGAAACUGGCACUGGCCGAAGCUGAGCCCACUUUGUCUCCUGCUGGAAGUGUUUCUAAAUUGGAUGAGCUGAGAUCAAAAUUUGCAAAAGGUAGAGUACAAGGCAAUAAUUUACAAAAGCAAAACAAAAAUGGAACACCAACUUCUAAAAGUCCUAAACAUGUCGGUUCUUCUAUAAGUGAUAAUGAAAGUAAAAACGUAUCAUAUGGGAAUUCGUCUGCCGAUGAAUCUUCAGAUGAAUCUUCAACUGAUGAUGAAGACACCACAAUGGUGAAAAAGUCACGUAGAGGUAUAGUUCAACCGCCAAAAGGCGCAGUUGCAAUGGUUUCUAAAUCAGUUGCUGAAACUCAUGCUCUGGGGUUGGAAACAACCUCACAAUCAAAGCAGGACUCCAAGAAGAACUUCACAAACACUAAUAAUCGAGGAGCACCUCUGACUAAAUUUAUGGAACAAAAGUCUCCAACUUCCUCUGAAGUUAACUCAUCACGUACAGAAUCAACUGGUAAGGUGGGAACACAUAGAUCUUUAGGUUCUCUUUCUGAUCUUGCAUCUCGCGGUGUUCCAGAAGUUAGAGAGAAGAGUGCUGUGGCAAACAAUAAGUUAUUAUCGAAUCAACCAAUUCAUGAUGAUUCUAGCUCUGAAGAGAGUGAGGAUGAUUUAAUUGAGAGUGAGAGUGAGAGUGACUCCGAUGAAAGUAGUAGCGAUGGCGAUGAAUCGUCGGAUGAUGGAAACAAUUUCAUUAGUGCCAGCUCUGCUUCUAAAGCGCUUGGUAAGAAGAAGAAAUCUAAUAGUGGUUUUGCAUCUUUGCUUAGGGAUUCUCAAAAGAAGUAA